AUGUCAGAAAGAAGAAGAGGUUUGAUCAUAUUUAAGCAUUUAAUCAAAAAAGUGCAGAAUCUACUUCAAAUCUUAAACUCCAGAUUGCCAGAUCUCAAUGCUGUUGAGUUUGAAGAAGUGGAAGAGAAUGGGAUGGUACCGGACGACGUGAAGGAAGGGCAUUUUGCCAUUCUUGCAGGGAAGAACGACGAACGAGGAGCACAGAGGUUUGUUGUGGAAAUAUGUCUUCUUAAGCAUCCUGCAUUCUUGAAACUGCUGGAGUUGGCUGAGGAGGAAUAUGGAUUUGAACAUAAAGGUGCUCUUGUACUUCCCUGUAGAGCUGAUGAAUUGCAAAAGAUUUUGCACCAGAUAAUGUAA